GGUACCGUGCCGUGGAGUCCCUUCGCACUGCAAGCCGAAGCCAGUGAGCCGAGUGAGCCCGUCCGUGCCCGCACCAGUAGUGAUUGGAAUUGAGAUCCGCGCGGGUGCGUUCUGCAGUAUCUCAGUUCUUGACGACAGCAUGGUAUCGCGCGGACGCGAAGUUUUUAUCGGCUCAACCUUCCUCAAGGAUUGACUUCUCGCCCCUCGAGCCGCACGGCUACGUUUCUCUCAGUGAUUGCAGACUGCCAGGACCAACGAAGAGGACGUCCAGUGCAGCGAUGGCCGCGGGCAAGGCGGUCUGGAUGGCGCAGGCCCGGUCCACGGCGGGCUCCAUGAUGGUGGCGGCGUCGUGCGGCGUGGCGGUGGGCUGGGCGUCGUCGGCCGUCGUCAAGCUCCAGGACCGCACGGGCCCCUUCCAGCUCACCGACGACCAGGCCUCCUGGGUCGUCUCCCUGAACGACGUCGGCAUCUUGCUGGGCUCGUUGCUGUCCGGACUGUGCUUCAGCGUGCUGGGCCGGCGAGCCACGCUGCUGCUGUGCCCCCUGCUGCUCCUGGGCUGGGCCGCCCUCACCUUCGCGGCCACGGCCCCGGCCUUCUUGUACGUGGCGCGGCUGCUGAGCGGGGCCGGCAUGGCCGUGCACUUCGUCUACGGCAACGUGUACCUCGCCGAGGUGUCGGUGCGCUCGAGCCGCGGCCUUCUGUCGCUGCUGACGUCGCUGUUCGCCAUGGCGGGCACGCUGCUGCAGUUCUGCGUCGGACCCUACGUGUCAUACCGGACGCAGGCCUGGCUGGGCGCGCUGCCCGCCGCCGCGGCCCUCGUCUUGCUGCUGCUGUUUACCGUCGAGUCCCCGUACUACCUCGCCAUGCGUGACCGCCCGGACGAGAUGCUGGCCGCCCUGGCCCGCCUCCGCGGCUGCAGCGUGGAGUCGGACGCGCUGAGGGACGAGGCCCACGAGAUCGAGCGCACGGUGGAGCGGCAGCGGUCGGCCGGCUCGCUGUUGGCCGCGCUGUGUAGCCCGGCGUCUCGGCGCGCCGCCUCGGUGGGCGUGGUGGUGCAGGCCACGGCACCCCUCUUCGGCGAGUCCGUGCUCAUGGCCUACGCACAGAAGAUCUUCAUCAUCAGCGGCUCGCCCCUCGGCGACGCCCAGUCGGCCAUCGUGCUCUACGUUGCGCAGGCGUCGGCGUGCCUGGCGUGCACGGCACUGGUGGACCGCUGGGGCCGCCGCACGCUGCUGUCCGUGUCCUGCCUGGGCAACUGCAUCGGCAUGGCGGUGCUGAGCGCCUACCUGGGCGCCUCGCCCGACCGGCAGGGGCCGCUGCAGUGGAUCCCCCUGGCCAGCCUGCUGCUGUUCGUCGUGUCGUGCAGCCUGGGCGCCAACCCCGUGCCCGGCCUGCUGCUGGCCGAACUGCUGCCGCAGCGCGCCAAGCCGCUCAUGGCGCCGCUGUCCAUGAUGCUGUUCUCCGUGACGGCCUUCGCCGUGUCCAAGUCCUUCCUGGCGCUCGGCGAGGCGGCCGGCAUGUUCGCCCCCUUCGCCGUGUUCGCCGCGUGGAACGCCCUGGCCGUCGCCUUCACCCGCCUCUUCGUGCCCGAGACCAAGAACAAGAGCCUGGCCGAGGUGUACGGCAUGCUGAGCGGCAGGGAGGAGGCGCCGAAACAAAACUAAGGCUCCUUGAAUUUCAAGGCGUCACUUUUGACGUGCCAAAGGUUGCCGACUGAUGGAAAGACUGCUUCGGCAAUAGGUGUUGACGCCUGGUUCUCACUCUGCGUUUAAGACGGUUGUGGUCCAGAAUCAGUUUUCUGUCCGGCUUUCAGCGUUGUGGGUUCAGGAAGGCUUGGAGUUGAAGGGGAGGACUAUCGGGGACCACGUGAGUAUGAACGUACUCUGAGUGUUAAUUUUGUCUCACUUGCUCGCUGCAAGAUCCAAUCAAUGAUAGCGUUUCGAUAUUUUACGUCCUACAUUCAUGAAAAGAAGUAACUGCUGUCAUUUGAAACCUGUGCCACAUUGAUUUUUGUGUCGAUAGAUUAAGUAUGCUGUGGUCACACUUGAACGUGUGAUUAUCCUAUUUCUACUGUUCAUUGUAUCCUUUUGUAUCAAAUUAAUUAAAAGGUUUAAAAAA